AUUAGAUCGUUUGCGGUAGUGUAUAAUAAAUGAAAAAAAAGGAAAGAAACCGGAUUGUCUAGCAAAACGCAAACCAAACAAAUUGUGUGACCAAUGCGUGCCUGUAUGUUGUGUGGCUGUGUGUCAAUUGUGUACGGAUGUAUGUCAACCAAUUCAAUUCUCAAAUAGAAUUUGCGAAAAUGUAAAACAGCAAAAAAAAUUGAAAUAUUAUUAUUAUUAUUAUAAGUGUAAAAAAAAUAGCUUAAAACAAGGUGCGAAAAAGUUUGCCAAAGGAGAUACGCUUGACAACAUAUUUCAAUAAUCCAAUAAGCAGUUGUAUGUGGAAAUCCCUAUGAUAAAGAGCAGCUCCACACCCACUUCGCUGAGAUUCCUGCGGCAAUUGAAAUAGUAUGUACGUUCGUUAUGUGUGGAUAUGUGAGGUGUCCGAGUUUUUACAUAGAUAAAAAGAAAACUACGGCAAGAAAAAAGCGAAAAAAAAACCAUUUAACUGGUCUGCAAAGGAAAAAUUCGAAACUUAUACACAUACACACAGAAAAAAAAAACGAUUUUAAAAAUAAGAGCAAUAACAACGAGAACAACGAAAUAUUUCAAGUAUUAGUUGCCGUAAUGGCAACGCAACUCGAUCCCAAUGUCAAGGAUGACCUGAAAACACAAUUUGUCACGCGCGAGGGCACCUAUCGUUUGCUAACACUGCCGGAAUAUUCACGUCCAAAUCGUGUCGGCUACACUAAUAACCAAAGUUCUCCGCAAGUGCGUGUUUCAAUUGUUACGUUACCGAAUCCAGCCUUAAGCAAUAAUGUAAACGGGGCCAAUGGCAACGGUAGCGGUAGCGGUAACGGCAAUAAUAGUUCAACAACACAAAGACCUCUAAUCAAUGGCACUAAUGGUAGCGGUGCUGCGGGCGAUGGUUACGAUAUUAAUUCAACGUCAUCCGCUUAUGUUGUACCGGCCUCAAUGGAUGCUCGUCUUGGUGCUGGCAUGUCCAUGCACACUAUAAUGAACGGUUCCGGCAAUGGUAUCGAUCAAAGCGGUUUACCUGCAAGUCAAAUAUAUGGUGGUGAUCGAAUAUGUUUUAAUUUUGGGCGAGAAUUGUACGUUUACGCCUUCAGAGGUGUCAAAAAGGGCGCGGAAUUAAGUAAACCAAUUGAUAAAAAAUUCUAUAAAGGCACCAAUCCAAGUUGUCAUGAUUUUAAUUCUACCACCGCAUCACCAACGGGUGCACCUUUAUUAGUGGGUUUUACCACCGGACAAAUACAGUUGGUAUCACCACAACCAGGUCCUCGGGAAUUACGAAAACUUUACAAUGAAGAGCGACUUAUUGAUAAAACCAAAGUGACCUGUUUAAAAUGGCUGCCGAAUUCGCCUAAUCUUUUUUUGGCCUCUCAUGCCUCGGGACAUCUGUAUUUGUACAAUGAAGAUUUACCCUGUACUGCGGCCGCUCCCAAUUAUCAAACCUAUAAAAUGGGCGAUGGCUAUUCGAUAUUAACGUGUAAAUCAAAAUCGAGUCGUAAUCCUAUGUACAAAUGGGUAUUUAGCACUGAGAAUUGUUGUAUAAAUGAAUUUUGUUUUUCACCGUGUGGUUCGCAUUUGGCUAUUGUAUCACAAGAUGGAUUCCUGCGUGUGUUUCAUUAUGAUACCAUGGAAUUGUUGGGUAUAGCACGUUCCUAUUUUGGGGGUUUCUUGUGCGUUUGUUGGUCGCCCGAUGGCAAAUAUAUUGUGGUGGGUGGGGAGGAUGAUUUAGUAACAGUGUGGUCAUUUCAUGAGCGACGUGUUGUGGCACGUGGUCAAGGUCAUCGCUCAUGGGUAUCGGUAGUCGCUUUCGAUCCAUAUACAACAUCGUAUACAUCAUGGGACGGUGGCGAUUUCUCUGAUGAUGAAAACCAAAUGACUGACUACGGUAGAUUUGCGGUAUGUGAUUCUGCGACAGGAAAUGGCUUCGAUAUGUACGGAACAUGUCCGGGAGUAGCUAUUGAUAAAAAUUCAACACCUGUGCAUACAAGACAACGACCGCCCUCAACAUCAUUUCGUUCGGAUGCUAGUUCACUGGCACCCGAUAAACUAGCAAUUAUAUAUCGUUUGGGAUCGGUAAGUCAGGAUACUCAGAUUUGCCUAUGGGACAUCACCGAAGAUGUACUACGGCAUCCAGUACAAUUAAGGCAAAGGGUGAAUAGUUCCAAUUUGAAUGAUAGUAGCUUUAUGAACGGCUGUAUUGAUAACGAUGGUAUAAAAGUAAUUCGACCGAUAGCUAUAGGAAACACAAAAGGUAGCUUUCCCGCUUCCCAGCGCAGUAACAGUCCUACCGCCAAUAAAGACACCAAUCAAGCACUCAUAAUGACCACUACCAGUAGUGGCGAACAGAACAGUAACAGCAGUUCCAGUAAAUUCUCUACAGCGAAUUGCACAAUAUCGUCACAGUCAUCGAAUGCCAAUACACCGCCAGAUGAAGGAACAGUUCCAGCGUCCAAUAAAAUACAUAAAUCUCAUUGCUUAGGAGGUAAUUCUAUAAAGUUUCCUAAUUGUAUAAGUACGACCAAAUCGGAUUCUGUCGACGGUAAUUUGAUUGGCAAUCAUGCGAAAAGCAAUUCUACGACAUUCUCCAGUUCGGGUUACAACAGCAAAGCGUCGAACAGUAGCUCUAGCAAAUCUUCUGACACAACGGCAAGUGGUGGCAUGUCCGCCUUUAAUUCGCUAACGCAAAGGCUAAGUAAUUUUAGUUUCCUAAAUAAUUCUGAUAAGAGGAACGCAGCGCUGAAUGCCGAUGGUAACGUAAAUGCCUCUUCCACUCAAACGCGUCAUAAUCGUAAGACUUUAAGUUUACUUAAGUCAUACAAUCAUCAUAACAAUAACGCCGAAAGCAGUAACAAUCAUCAGUCGUUUGCAAAUGCCACCCAAAACGAGACAAAUACAAAUUCGACAACAACUACAGGAGGAGUUACACAUGGCUUUGGUGGCUCAUUGAAAUUGGGUAAAAGUCAACCAAAUUACUCUUUAAUCGCCGGAUUAGCAACAGCGGCCUCACCUUCUUCAAAUGCAAUAUCAACAGCAGCGUUUGUCGCGCCUGCGAUAACCACUUAUGAUCCACUGAAAUUGAUAGGUACACCUGCAUGUCCACGCUUUGACGAGUGUCCCAUAUUGGAGCCCUUAGUAUGUAAAAAAAUUGCCCACGAACGUUUAAGUGCUUUAAUAUUUCGUGAAGAUUGUUUCCUGACAGCGUGUCAGGAUGGCUUCAUUUACACAUGGGCUAGACCGGGAUAUGCAACGAAUGUCACUCAACAUUUAUCGCCCAGUCAAGUAGCGCCUCCUGGCGGCACGGUAACAUAGUUCGAUAAAGUUAAUAUACGCAAUUAUCAAGAGAAUCUACGAAAACAACUAAAUAACCCUGCUACAACGCCUUCAGAUAAACAAACACCAACACCAAUGCCGCCAUCCUAUGAGGCAAGUCUCUAAGCAGCAUUAUUAUAUACAAACGUAGUCGGUAAAGUAAAAUAUACUAUUCAUUUUUUUUUUUU